CUCCUGUCCUAUGUUAAAAGACUAAAGCAGAUUUGCUCACACGACCCUUCCUUCUCCCUCAUUCCUCACACCAAAAUUUGUCGUGCUCCCCACAAAUCGACGACGACGCAUCUCAUCGCGCCGACAUCUGCACCUGCAACCGAUCUCCGCGCCCACACCCACCUCCACAUACCGCCGCGCUCCGCAACGAUUUCCUUGUCGGAAUCAAAACAAAAUGGGUGCUUGGACAAAGUCGUUCAAGCUCAAUGGCUUGCAACCGCCCAUGCCGGAAUGUUGGGGACAUCGAGGAGCUUCGGCCGCAUAUCCUGAGAACACCAUCGCAUCUUUCGACAGGGCUAUUCGCGACGGAUCGGAAGGAUUAGAGAGCGACGUGCACGUCACGGCCGACGACGUCAUCGUCAUGUUUCACGAUCCUUCAUUGGAGCGAACGACCGACGGCAAAGGAAACAUCAAGGAACAAGCGUGGAAAGGCCAAAUUGAGAACGUCAGGACGACUGCGAAGCCUCAGCAGCAAAUUCCCACUUUUGAUCAAGUUUGCAGCCUCCUCAUGAAGCCCGAGAACAAGCAUGUCAAGCUGAAUAUCGACAUCAAACCGGACAAUGAUCCCGAUCGUCUGUUCAGGCUCAUGAAGAGAGUGGUGUCAUCCUACCCGAAUUACGAAGUCGAGCUCGGCCCAAGAUUGAUUUUGGGCCUUUGGCACCCCGGCUUCAUCGCACCUGCCCUCGAGCACGUGCCAUCUUUGCGACGCAUCCACAUCGGUGGCAGCCCCACCGUAGCCAGGACGUACUUUUGGAAGCACUGCGAUGGUUUCAGCAUGUGGUUCGCCAGUCUUGUUGGCGCCGAGGGACAGGCAUUCUUGGCUCAGGCAAAGAAGGAGAACAAGGACGUGUUCGUGUGGACAGUGAACCGAAAGGACGAGAUGAUCGAAGCUACCAGAUGGGGCGUCAAGGCCAUCUUGACGGACAAGACCGACUUGUUCCAGACCGUCAGGGUGGAGAUGCAAAGAGACUUUGCUCUGACAAGAAGCGAAGAAGUUGGUUUCUUCUUCAGAUGGGCAUCGUGGCGGUACUGGAUGCUACCUCAAUUUGUCAUCCAAAGUAUGUGGAUCGCCAACUUGCAGACACGAGCCGGCUCUACAUUCGAGGGUGAGUAG